AUGGGAACCCCCCGCCUCGCGCUCCACCUCCUGCUCCUCCUCUCCAGCGUGCUCCUCCUCCAUGCCCUCCUCGCCACGCCCGCGGAGGGCCUUGUCCGCGUCGCGCUCAAGAAGCGUCCGGUUGACGACGCCCAGCUACUCCUCGCCCUCGUCGGCGACGCCGAGGCAAAGGGCCACGUCGUGGCACUGAAGAACUACCACAACGCUCAGUACCACGGCGAGAUCGGUAUCGGAACGCCGCCGCAGAACUUCACCGUCAUCUUCGACACAGGCAGCUCCAACCUCUGGGUGCCCUCCUCCAAGUGCUUCCUCUCGAUUGCAUGCUACUUCCACGCGAGCUACAAGGCCAAGCGGUCGAGCACGUACAAGAAGAAAGGAAAAAUGGUUGUAAUUCAGUAUGGAACUGGUGCAAUUUCUGGCUAUGUUAGCCAGGACAAUGUGCAAGUUGGUGGUGUAGUUGUGAAAAAUCAGGAUUUUAUUGAAGCUACGAGGGAACCAAGUAUUACUUUUAUGGUUGCAAAAUUUGAUGGCAUUUUUGGUCUUGGGUUUAAAGAAAUCUCGAAAUGUGAUGGUGUACCUGUCUGGUGA